CCAAAACUUCAAAUAGAAACAAAAUAAAGUGCUCAAGCCCUAAAAAAUGGGGAAAGCAUCAGACACGGGGGGCGUAAAGCCCAUGGCGAUCGCCGGGCGCUAUGUAAGUGAACGUGAGCGUGUAUUGGGUAUGACAGAUGAGGAAAGGGCCUUCCGAAAACAAUGGCUAAAGGACCAAGAAUUGUCUCCCAAUGAACCCCGAAAGGUACCGGAGAUGUACAAGGCUACAUUCAAUCCUAUCAGGAGAUUCUAUAGAUGGCCAUUGGAUAAGCUUGCCGAGAAAUUGACUCCGAUUGUAGGAGAGGAAAGGGCAAUUGGAAUCAGAUGGAAGACUGGCAAGAUCCUGAUGGGCAUAGCAGCAGCCUAUUAUAUAACAUAUUACUUCAAAUACAACAGAAAUGACUGGAUGCGGAAAGGAGGCUGGAGAGUCAUUGAAUCCAGGCAAAAUUGUGUCCCUGGUGAUCCUGGAUAUCCUAUGGUCUCCACCAAGUCCAAGGGAGCUGAUUAUGACAACAGAAAUUUCAAUAAUUUCAAAUUGAAUAUAUAAAUUGUGUUCUAUAAUUUAAAUUGUAGUAUUUACAUGUGUUUAAUAAAUUUUUGAGUUUUUAAGAUAUGUUUUCUGGUAAUCCUUGUCACUGGUUCUUUCAAAAAUGAAUUCUGUUUGAAAAGUGUAUUUUGGAGUUACAUUAAUAUUUGAUAUUAAUGAAUUUAUAUAUCAAAAUGUUUUAUUUUGAAAACUAUGUGCAGUUUCUAAGUACAACAAUUUGGCUUUGUCAUACUGGUACAAAAUGUUUGCAGAAAUUAAUGACACUGUUUUUCACUAAUAUGGAGGCUUAUAACAGUUUUGUACACCCUUCUCAACCUGUUUUCCAGCAAUGAAGAUGUUCAAAGAGACGAGUUUUAAUAUGCUGUGUUACAGAACCAUUGCACAAAUAGAAAGUGAACCCAAAUAAAAA